AUGGAUAAGAUUAAGUAUACAACAUUAUCACUGAGUGAGAAAGUAAAUCUCAUUCGAAGUGUCGAGAAAGGAGUUAAAAGAAAGAAGGACAUUGCUGCUGAUUUCAAGAUUCCCGCUAACUCUCUGACUUCCGGCAUCAAGAAAAAGGAGAAGAUUUUGGCUGCUGCUGAAAAUUUUUGUUUCCAACCGGAUCGGAAACGCAUGAAGACAUCUCACUCUCCAUUUUUGGAAAUAUCGAUGGUGGAAUGGAUAAAAACUGUUCGGCACCAGAAUAUUUCCGUAUCUGGUCUUAUAGUGCUGGAAAAAGCUGAAUUCUUUGCAACUUACUUAGGACAUAAAGACUUCAAAGCUAGCUCUGGGUGA